AGUCUUAGACUAAAUAACUAUUUAAUCUAAACUAUUUACUCUAAACUGUCUAUAUUCUCAUCUCUGUCAAGAUAUUGAAUUCUAAAAGUUUUACAUUUCUCUCUUAAUUCACAUUAUAGAUAAAGUAUUAUUUGGGAAUUACAUAGACAAUUGUUCUAAAUAAUGGCAUUAUCUCUUUAUACAGCGAAAAUUCCUCCCGAACGUUAUAAUCACUUUUUCAAUCCUAAUCUUUGUCACGUUUGCAAAUACAAAGUCCAAACGGAUUUGAAAUUAUGUUCGGAUUGUUCCAUGAUCUCUUACUGCAGCGAGGAGCACAGACUGCAGCAUCGAACGCAACACAAAGAAAUAUGUGAAGCAAUAAAAGAAAUUAGUAAAACGAAAUGUCUAUGGAUCACUCGUGGAAUGACGAACGACGAAUGGGUCAAACAUAAGAAGGAGAAUCUGCAAGCUAUCAAGGAGAUUCUAUGUCGCAAAUUGGAGCCGUACGAGGAGCAGAUGUUCUUGUUCGCAAAAUCGUGCAGAAUUUGUCACCAACAACGAGAUGUAAAACUCGUUUGUAUAAAAUGCUGGCAGCUCAAUUGGUGCGAUGAUCACCAGUACAGUCCCGUUACACACGACUGUGAGCAAUUGGAACAAUCUUUGUUAUUGGAUAUCUACGAAUUCUUAGAGAAAGAAGAUGUGAGAAUACCACUAAUUAAUCUACCUGACUCUAUGACUCAUAUAGUUGAAAGUGGUAGCACAAAAGCAAUUGUUGACCGUUUUGUGAAAAAUGUACAUCCAGAGUAUCUCAAAUGGAAGUUCAUUGAUUACAUGUACUCCAAUGCCAUGUCGGGACCGUUGACAGUGCUUCAUACGAUAAAUCGUGUAAAUCCCUUGCUUUUGCUGAACCAACAGGAAACUUAUGUCCUACAUAUUAUAGCCGGAAGCUUGACGGAUAAGCAGAGUUUGUCAGCUUGGGAAAUGGCACUGCAUAUCGUGUUACCAUCAAAAAAAAUAUUAAUUAUAAUGAUAGAAUCAGAGUUGAAAAUUGAUAAAGAAGAUAUAGGGGAAUGGGACGUAUGUAUAGUGUGCCAAGCGAUGAAAAAUACGCUAACUUUUCAAGUACACAAUAUGUCGUACGAAUCUUAUGUGCAAAGUAGUUCCUACGUUCCACCAGAUGUGAUUAUAGGAUUCAAUGUAGAUGUUAAGGAAUUAGAGGCAGACACUAUAAAAAUAUUACAGCGUCAGGAAUGUUUGGUACUUCUCACGUUUACAUCACAACAUGAAAUGUAUGAAAUUAUAUUGGAGAUACAUAUGGUAUUAGAAAUGAGACCAGACCAUUUUGGAAAUAUGCGCAACAAAUUUCAAUCUCACAGACCAUAUAAAGACAUAAAGGAGGACACGUUUUUCCCUAAUAUGUAUAUGCUUUACUUUAUGUGAUUAAAUACAGAAGAUUAAAGUUUUUACAAUAUUUAA